AUGAGGAAAUUAAAGAAGCAGGCCCAAGCUUUAUUAACAGACCAGCAGAAGAUGGCUCAGUUGUCAAAGGAGGAUAAGUUGCUAUGCCAUUGUCCAGCUGUCAAGGUGAUAUUGGUCAUAGCACAUUUGUCAUUGCUCUUGUUUGUCUUUUGCUUGAUCAGUUUAUGCAAGAAAACUGGUUUUUUCUUGAGCAAUGUUAAUCUGCUGGUUAGUUCAAUGAACAUUGGAAGCAUCAACUUUGGUUUCUCUGUGUAUAGGUUCAACAUAGGGAAAACGGAGGCCGUUGCAUUUGUUGGUCUCAGCAGCCAAAAUGCUGGGGUUAUCACCGUUGAUAAGGCAGUCUUCGGCUCAAACCCGGCGAUCAAUCCAGAUGUUCUGGCCAAGGCCUUCCAGUUGGAUAAAGAUGUGGUUAAAUAUCUUCAGUCUCGGCUCUGGUCGGGUUAA